AUGAGGGGUAAAAAUAAAUUGGCAGAUAUUUUGGAUUACGUCGAGUUAAAUCACGACAAAUCGAAUUUCGAAGAACUCGAUGAAUCCAAUUUAUCAGAACUCGGGUACCUGUUUCGUCAGUUGGACGAAAAGUCUCUCCUUAAAGUGAUUUCCUCGCUUUCGAGAAAGUGUGAUGUUUCUGAAGUGCUCAAAGAAAAUGCUCCAGAAGUGUACAAUAGACACGUAAUGGACCCAGAGAUGGUGACAGACGUGGCGACAGGAAUAGAUUUGUUAAACGAUCAGACCGAGGCAGAUGUGAGCCAAAUGGAAACAGACGACCCGGAUCAAACGAAUAGCAUGGAAGAGGAGCUGGAUUACAUGAAAAUAGCAAGAUUUGCACCGAUAAGACUGACAAUAACAGAAAGGAAGCUGAUGAGGCUUUUGGAGAGCACACUGCACGUGUCAGAGUACACAGACAAGGUGGACAUAAUCCACGAGGGGAGUAAGUCGAGAGCAAUAAUAAGAGAGAUCAAAGAAGUGUCGGCAAUACUGAGCGGGCUAGCAAUAGCGUACAACUACGAAGCAGGGCAGAAGUUGUUGAAGGAAAGAGACUACUACAACAACGCAGAGUUCUUUAGAAACGUGUUUGAGAUAGGAAGAAGGUACAAGAUACUAAACCCGGACAAGAUGAGGACGAGUUACGGGAAGCUUAUAUACUUUCUGAUGGACUCGAGGAAGCCGGAAAUCAGAGAACUCCUUAAUUUCGACUGCGUCAUCCCAGUGAACACAGUGUAUUCGUUUCUGAAGACUAAGAAGAACGGCCCUCAACUGCUAUCGGACCCGAAAUUGCAACAAGCAACAAAACUGAUUGUGCCGGACAAUAAAAGCAGAUAUGAAAUAGAAAAUGAAAUCAGUAAAAAGGAAGAAGCAAUCAAGUACCUGGUGGGAAAGUACGCGUACAAUAAGAGGUCGAGCUCGUCACUGCUUAACUUCUCGUUCCUGCACAAAAACUUCUACUCAUCGCACAGCAACAGCAAGGAAGGGGACGAGGGGGAGAUGAGCGUGGAGGAGGUGGAAAACUGCCUGUACUCACUGAGCGACUACAACGCGCACCUGAGGACGUACCGCACGCCAAUAGAUAAGAUGAUAGAGCUGCUCACAGACAACUUUCACCCGACGCACCCAAUUAACCCGAAUAACCCGAAGGUGAGGACGCAGAGGGAAGAGAGGGCGGGAACGCCAGGAGCAUUGAGCAGCUUCCUGGCAAAGUACAGCUACACAGACACAGUGGACCUGGACGGCUUCCUCAACACGAAGGACGACGACCUCUACAACCUGAGCAUAGACAGCGGCUACGAAGGAAGCAGACUGACGCACAACCACUCAAGGCAGUUCCUGUACGUUAUGCAGUCGCUGCAGCUCUGGCGAGAAAUUGCGCACCAGAUGUUCGUGCUCUGGCACAAGGCGGAAAUGGACCUGCUGGACGGCUCAAACCCGUACAGGCUCAGGAACACUGGCCAGGGGCUCAACAGAGUGCAAGAGGCGCCGCAAGUCUUAUCGGAGAUGAGGAAGAUACUGAAGAAGGUGCAGAGCAGGCUGGGCGCAUGGAUAGGAUCGCACGCAAUACACAUGGGAGACCACAACGUUCCGAAUUCAUUUCUCUUCAUCGACAAGUACACACAGAUACCGAGAAUACUGUCGCCAGUAGUUAAUUGUAUAGAGAAGCUGCCGGAGCUGUACAAGUCGAACAAGAACAUAAAGCUGUACAUCGAUAGCCAGUUCGGGUCGCUGGAAAGGCUGAAGAUGACGAUCCUGGCGGACUUCUUCAGACACGCGUUCGACGGAAGCGGAGCGGACAACUUCAAUGACGCAGGAAGCUGCAUAGACGGAAGGCUGACCUCAGCAUGGAACUGGUGCAGCAAAAUAGAAAAGAAGAGCUACUUUAACGUGUUCCUCCUCACAGGCUUCAACGGCUUCGACGGGAGAUUCAACGACUAA